AUGCAAUCCACUUUGAUCGGAACGACAAGACCACUCGUCGCCCUAAUAAACAAUUUCUACGCCUUCGACACGUUUAAUCGCAAGUAUGGCGUGCUCACCGACGAUGGCACCUACCAAGUCCCAGCGUCCUGGCAAGCAGGCCUCAGCAACGGCGCCAACGUCGGCCAAAUGAUCGGUCUCCUCAUCAACGGCUGGGCGAGCGAGCGAUUUGGCUACAGGAAGACUGUAAUGACCUGUCUCGUCCUUAUCAUUGGCUUCAUCGCCAUAUUCUUCACUGCCCCGAAUGUCGAGACCCUUCUGGUGGGCGAGAUCCUUUGCGGAAUACCAUGGGGAGUCUUUCAAACUCUGAGCAUCACCUACGCCUCUGAAGUCUGCCCCAUCGCGCUGCGUGGAUACCUCACCACUUACGUCAACAUGUGCUGGGGCUUGGGACAGCUCAUCGCCAUCGGCGUCAUCCGCUCCAUGCUCAACCGCACCGACGAAUGGGCCUACCGCAUCCCGUACGCCCUCCAAUGGAUGUGGCCCGUCCCCCUCCUCAUCGGCGUGGCCUUCGCCCCGGAAUCCCCCUGGUGGCUCGUCCGACGUGAACGCUUCGAAGAUGCCAAAAAGGCCCUUCUUCGCCUCACCUCUCUCAGCCGCGAGACGGACUUCAACGCCGACGAGACGAUCGCCAUGAUGGUUCACACGACGGCUUUGGAGAAAAAGAUCACUAAAGGAGCCUCGUACCUGGAUUGCUUCAAAGGGACCGAUUUACGUCGUACAGAGAUCAUCUGCAUGGCAUGGGCGAUGCAAAACCUGGCAGGUAACAGUUUCUCCAACUAUUCGACCUAUUUCUUGACGGGGGCGGGCGUCAGCGAGGAGAACAGUUACUCUUUCGCCCUUGGGCAAUACGCGAUCAACAUGGUUGGAGUCUUCGGCGCAUGGGGUCUCAUGUCUCUCGGCAUAGGCCGCCGCAGCCUCUACCUCUACGGCCUCUGCGGCCUCACAGUCAUGCUCCUGAUCAUGGGCUUCCUGGGCCUCGUCCCUGACUCCCACCGCGUUGAAUCCGGACUCGCCACAGGCUCCCUCAUGAUUGUCUGGGCGCUCGUCUACCAACUCACCGUUGGAACUGUAUGCUACUCCCUCGUAGCCGAAAUCUCCACGAGACGUCUGCAAAUCAAAACCGUCGUGUUGGGCCGAAACGCCUACAUAAUAGUCGGCAUAAUCUGUUCCAUCGUCACCCCCUACAUGAUCAACCCUUCCGCCUGGGACUGGGGCAACUUCGCCGGGUUCUUCUGGGCGGGGCUCGCCUUCCUCUGCGCCGUGUACACGUUCUUCCGCGUGCCGGAGCCGCACGGACGGACGUUUGCGGAGUUGGAUCUGUUGUUUGAGAGGAAGGUGAGCGCGCGGAAGUUUGCGAGCACCAAGGUGGAUGUUUUUGAGGAGGGCGUGGAUGAGGGGGUUUUUAAGGCUAAGGUGGAGGCGAAGUAUGAGGAGAAGGCGUUUCAGUGA